GGCUCUUCCUCUCAGUCUCCAGCUUCUCUCUCUUUCUCUCUCCCUCUCUCCCUCUCCCUCUCUUUCUCUCUGUCGGGCGGAGUCGCCCACCACGGCCAGCCCAGUGCUGGGGGGACCUGCUCCAGGCUGUAGCUGCAGGACCCCACCACCCUCCAUGGCUCCCCUGGCCUUGGUGGGGUUUGCGCUCCUCCUGGGGGCUCCCCCGUGCUCGGGGGCGGCCACCCCAACCCCCUCCCUGCCACCUCCCCCGGCCAACGACAGCGACACCAGCACAGGGGGCUGCCAGGGCUCCAACCGCUGCCAGCCGGGGGUCCUGCUCCCCGUUUGGGAGCCGGACGACCCGUCGCUGGGUGACAAGGCGGCCCGGGCCGUGGUCUACUUUGUGGCCAUGGUCUACAUGUUCCUGGGCGUGUCCAUCAUCGCCGACCGCUUCAUGGCGUCCAUCGAGGUCAUCACGUCGAAGGAAAAGGAGAUCACCAUCACUAAGGCCAACGGCGAGACCAGCGUGGGCACCGUCCGCAUCUGGAACGAGACGGUGUCCAACCUCACGCUCAUGGCCCUGGGCUCCUCGGCGCCCGAGAUCCUGCUGUCGGUCAUCGAGGUCUGCGGCCACAACUUCCAGGCGGGCGAGCUGGGCCCCGGCACCAUCGUGGGCAGCGCGGCCUUCAACAUGUUUGUGGUCAUCGCUGUGUGUAUCUACGUCAUCCCGGCCGGCGAGAGCCGCAAGAUCAAGCACCUGAGGGUCUUCUUUGUCACCGCCUCCUGGAGUAUCUUUGCUUACGUCUGGCUUUAUCUCAUCUUGGCCGUCUUUUCCCCCGGUGUGGUCCAGGUGUGGGAGGCGCUGCUGACCCUCGUGUUCUUCCCGGUGUGCGUGGUGUUCGCCUGGAUGGCCGACAAGCGCCUGCUCUUCUACAAAUACGUGUACAAGCGCUACCGCACCGACCCGCGCAGCGGCAUCAUCAUCGGCGCCGAGGGCGACCCCCCGAAGAGCAUCGAGCUGGACGGCACGUUCGUGGGCGCCGACGCGCCGGGCGAGCUGGGCGGGCUGGGCCCGGGCCCCGCCGAGGCCCGCGAGCUGGACGCCAGCCGCCGGGAGGUCAUCCAGAUCCUCAAGGACCUCAAGCAGAAGCACCCGGACAAGGACCUGGAGCAGCUGGUGGGCAUCGCCAACUACUACGCGCUGCUGCACCAGCAGAAGAGCCGCGCCUUCUACCGCAUCCAGGCCACGCGGCUGAUGACCGGCGCGGGCAACGUGCUGCGGAGACACGCGGCCGACGCGUCGCGCAGGGCCGGCCCGGCCGAGGGCCCCGGCGAGGACGAGGACGACGGCGCCAGCCGCAUCUUCUUCGAGCCCAGCCUCUACCACUGCCUGGAGAACUGCGGCUCGGUGCUGCUGUCCGUCACGUGCCAGGGCGGCGAGGGCAACAGCACCUUCUACGUGGACUACCGCACGGAGGACGGCUCGGCCAAGGCCGGCUCCGACUACGAGUACAGCGAGGGCACGCUGGUGUUCAAGCCGGGCGAGACGCAGAAGGAGCUGCGCAUCGGCAUCAUCGACGACGACAUCUUCGAGGAGGACGAGCACUUCUUCGUGCGGCUGCUGAACCUGCGCGUGGGCGACGCGCAGGGCAUGUUCGAGCCCGACGGCGGCGGGCGGCCCAAGGGGCGGCUGGUGGCGCCGCUGCUGGCCACGGUCACCAUCCUGGACGACGACCACGCGGGCAUCUUCUCCUUCCAGGACCGCCUGCUGCACGUGAGCGAGUGCAUGGGCACCGUGGACGUGCGCGUCGUGCGCAGCUCGGGGGCGCGCGGCACCGUGCGUCUGCCCUACCGCACGGUGGACGGCACGGCGCGCGGCGGCGGCGUGCACUACGAGGACGCGUGCGGCGAGCUCGAGUUCGGCGACGACGAGACCAUGAAAACUCUGCAGGUGAAGAUAGUUGAUGAUGAGGAAUAUGAGAAGAAGGAUAACUUCUUCAUCGAGCUGGGCCAGCCGCAGUGGCUGAAGCGAGGGAUUUCAGCUCUGCUGCUCAAUCAGGGGGACGGGGACAGGAAGCUGUCGGCCGAGGAGGAGGAGGCGCGGAGGAUAGCGGAAAUGGGCAAGCCGGUUCUCGGGGAAAACUGCCGGCUGGAGGUCAUCAUCGAGGAGUCGUAUGAUUUCAAGAACACAGUGGACAAACUCAUCAAGAAAACCAACCUGGCCUUGGUGAUUGGGACCCACUCGUGGAGGGAGCAGUUUUUAGAGGCAAUUACGGUGAGCGCAGGUGCUGUUCGCCUGCGUGCCCCCCACCGAGUACUGCCACGGCUGGGCCUGCUUCGGCGUCUGCAUCCUGGUCAUUGGCCUGCUCACCGCCCUCAUUGGGGACCUCGCCUCCCACUUCGGCUGCACCGUUGGCCUCAAGGAUUCCGUCAACGCCGUCGUCUUCGUGGCCCUGGGCACCUCCAUCCCCGACACGUUCGCCAGCAAGGUGGCGGCGCUGCAGGACCAGUGCGCGGACGCGUCCAUCGGCAACGUGACGGGCUCGAACGCGGUGAACGUGUUCCUGGGGCUCGGCGUGGCCUGGUCGGUGGCCGCCGUGUACUGGGCGGUGCAGGGCCGCCCCUUCGAGGUGCGCACCGGCACGCUGGCCUUCUCCGUCACGCUCUUCACCGUCUUCGCCUUCGUGGGCAUCGCCGUGCUGCUCUACCGGCGCCGGCCGCACAUCGGCGGCGAGCUGGGCGGCCCGCGCGGCCCCAAGCUCGCCACCACCGCGCUCUUCCUGGGCCUCUGGUUCCUCUAUAUUCUCUUCGCCAGCCUCGAGGCUUACUGCCACAUCCGGGGCUUCUAGGGCCGCCCCCUGGAGACCGCUGCACCUGCUGCCCACCCGCCCGCCUCCAGUGGCCUCCAGAGUCAGCCUCCUCUCCUGGGACGCGGCCUCCCUUCCUCCUGGGAACCCAUCUCCCGCCGUCCUCUGUCCCCACCAACAGCCUCCUCCCUUCCCCUUGGGAGCCUCGCCAGGCAGCCCAUCCUUGUUCGCUGCUGUCUACACCCCUGGGGAAAUUUCCAGCUCGAGGCCCCUCCCCUGAGGACCUCCCCCCAGCGACCCUCUAGAGAAUGUCAUCUCAGCCCAGACACCCAGCCCCGCUCCAUCCCUUAAGACCCCAUUCCUCUAGAAGACCCCCCACCGCGGACCUGUGCCCCUGGGGCCUCAGAACGUAGCCCUCCCCCAGGGGGGCUCUUGAAGGAGGCUGAGCCAUCCCCGGAUGUCACACAUCUCAGCCCUUCGCCCCGCCCUAAGGGCGCUCCGUUCUGUCCGGGUUUGGGGGAGGAACAGGUGGGCCUAGAGGAGGGGCACACCUUCCCUGAUUUCUCGGCUCAGACCCUUGGAGGACCCUCAUUCUCGAGGCUUGGAGAAGGGAGGGGAGAAUUGGGGGUUUCAGAGCUGGAGGAGGCGAAUUGGAACCUGCAACUUCUCACAUUCCAGCGCCCCUACUGGCCUCCACUGCCUCCGAGAGCCCAGCCACGCCUUGGAGGGGGGUGGCCUGUGUGUGUGUAUAUAGUGUGUUUGGGGGAGGGGGGUUUCGGGAG